AUGCCUCCCUCCAACUGGCAAAAAGCCAAGAAGGAGGGCACCGCCCAGCACUUCACACUGGUGCACCGGCCCCAAAACGACCCUCGAAUCAAUGAUGACUCGGCGCCGUCCAUGGUGCUGAACCCGACCCCGGGCAGCUCGAAGUCAAAGAAGCUGAACGACCUCGCAUCGGAACUGGGGUCAGAGGCAGAGAGCAUACGGGACAAUGAAGGCGAGGCGGCAAACUUCGGCGUAUACUAUGACGACACCGAGUACGAUUACAUGCAACAUCUGCGCGAGAUUGGAACUGGUGGCGGAGAGGCCGUGUUUGUGGAAGCGGAGGCGCCACAGAACAAGGCAAAGGGAAAGCAGAAGCAGUCUCUCGAGUCAGCUCUCAAGCAGAUGGAGCUGGAGCAAAAGUCUGGAGACCUCUUCGACGAGGACCUCCUGCCUUCCAAGGACCUGCAGAGGCUGAACUACCAGUCGCAGCAAGAUGUGCCAGAUUCCAUCGCCGGCUUCCAGCCCGACAUGGACCCUCGCCUUCGCGAGGUCCUUGAAGCUUUGGAUGAUGAUGCUUAUGUGGACGAUGACGACGACAUCUUCCAGACCCUAUCGAAAGACGCCAAGGAGCUGAACGACCACGAGUUCGAUGAGACAUACGACGAGUAUGAGGACGAUGAGGGCUGGGAGUCAGACGGCACUGCGAAGCCCACAAAAGAGUACAGAGACGACGAGGUGCCAACUCUUGUGAACACAGCCGAAGUGCCGGCGCAGGGCCCAUCGGAAGGCUGGCUGGAGGACUUCAAGCAAUUCAAGAAGGACCAAAAGGCAGAGAAGAAGCCGGCCGAGCCAAAGCAGGCGGAUGGCCUGUCGUCCAUAUGGACAACGACGACGAUGGGCGGCCGGAAGAAGAAGAGAAAGGGAGCCCUCACGAACCCUUCAGCCUACACCAUGACUUCUUCCUCGCUUGUGCGCACAGAGCAGCUGGACAUUCUGGACGCACGCUUCGAGAAGAUGGAGGAGCGCUACAACGAUAUGGAAGACGAGGGAUCGAUUGUGUCGGGCAUGUCAGGUAUGUCGAGCGUACAGGGCCCGAUGAGACAAGACUUCGACGGCAUUCUCGACGAGUUUUUGGGCAACCACAGCAUGCAGGGAAAGAGGCGCAUCAAGCGAGGAAAGGACCAGAGUGGACUUCAACAGCUGGACGAAAUCAGGAGAGGGUUGGGACCAGCGCGGAUUAAGGGUCGAAAUGCAUAG